UGCGGAUUCCCCCCCCAACAAAUUGCUGCACGCUUUUUCUAUCUUCAAAAUGGCUCGUAUGAACCGCCCUGCUCCAGUUGAGAUAACCUAUAAGAACAUGAGAUUCCUUAUCACACACAAUCCGACCAAUGCUACAUUAAACAAAUUUAUUGAGGAGCUUAAAAAAUAUGGUGUAACGACAGUAGUGAGAGUUUGUGAGGCCACUUACGACACUGCGUUGGUAGAAAAAGAGGGCAUUCAGGUUCUGGACUGGCCCUUUGACGAUGGUGCUCCACCAUCUAAUCAGAUUGUCGAUGAUUGGUUGAAUCUCUUGAAAUGGAAAUUUCGUGAAGAACCUGGCUGCUGUAUUGCAGUGCAUUGUGUAGCUGGGCUUGGAAGGGCUCCGGUGCUUGUUGCACUUGCACUCAUUGAAUGUGGAAUGAAAUAUGAAGAUGCUGUGCAGUUUAUAAGGCAAAAACGCAGAGGAGCCUUCAACAGCAAGCAGUUGCUCUACUUAGAGAAGUAUCGUCCCAAGAUGCGUUUACGCUUUAAAGAUUCAAACGGUCACCGAAACAACUGCUGCAUUCAAUAAGAUGGUCGCUAUUAUAUGCUGCUGACUACAGGGAAGAAAAGUAGACUUUGGCUGGCUUGAAUGCUAAUGCACAGUUAAUGUUUUAUAGGUCAAGUGAAGCUUUCAGAACUGUCCAAACAUGUCUGACAGCUUUCAGUAAGGCUGCUGUUGGUUAAAUUAAUAUCCAUGGAACUGAGCUUUGGUUUGCUUACUUGUGGUAUAUAAAUGUUCUCCUUGCUUAUGUACUUUGCUCAUGCAGUUUUAAAACGGUCAUUGGUGUUCUGAAAAGUACAAUUAGAAGUAAAUUUGUAGAGAAAAUGCCAAUCCCAGCACAAUUUUAAUCAUGUAGAUCCUUAUUUUUAUACAUCUCGGUUUCCAUAAACUAGGUAGGUGUGGAUUCGUAUUGGAUGAAAGCUAGUGGUAUAGUUACAGCUUCUCCCAUGGUUUAAGUAAAAUUUGCAUAACAUUUCAGUGUUGCAUAAAUUAUCACUACUUCUCAUUUCUUUGCUGCCAUUGCACCAUUUAAUUCAUGAGAUCAUAUCCACUUUUGGGGGAAUGUUUGUUACAGAAGCACACCUACCACAUUGUACAAGUCCCCAGACAAAGCCUUACUGUCAUUUAUGUAUGCACCUAUCGGUGCUCCUGGAUAUGGAGGACCAUAUCUCUUCCUAUUUUUCUUCUUCUUCUAGUAAAAUGUUGCCUUUGUCUUGUGCAGGAAUUAUAGAAACCAUUUUUUCGUAAAUAUUUUUAAAGUGUAUGUGCUUUAAUGUAGCUAAAUUCUUAGAUUUCUGAACUUGCCAUUUCUUCUGUACACUUUCAGCAUUUUCAAAGGUUUGCUUUGUAAUUUUUUUUUUCUGAAGAUUCUGCUACAGCCAGUGCAGAGCUCAAUGUCUAUUUUGUAUGCCUUUUGAGCAGUGUAACUUAAAUACUUGAUUUGUUUUACUAUGUAAUUGAUAAAACGGUGAUCUGUAUUAAUGUUAGCUCAACCAUGUAUUUAUACUGUCUUGGGACUGUGUGGUGUUAAUUCUGUGGGGAAUAAGUUUCCAGUGUUCACCAGCUUGUAAAAUCUAGUAUGAAAGCUUAAACAUCUAAAUAAAGAAGGAAAUAUCUUGCUGUA